ACGCUCCUCCUCUGUUGUUUUACGCUGAGUCGGCUCGGCGCGCUUGCAAAGCUUUCAAGGAUCGACCUGUCGUCAUUUUUACUGUAUCAAAACAAAUAUAAACUUUGCUUACCUUUCCAAAAUCCUUCGAUCAUCGCUUGCAUCUAUCCAAUCGAUCACUGUUUAGUUUUCUCCAAUCAAAGCUCUAAACUACCAACUCUUAGCAACUCUUUUUUUUUUUGUUGUUAAGUGAUUAUGGAUUUAAUCGACACUAACUUUGAGCUUAAAGAGAUUCAAAAACUCCAUGGUCAUACUGAUAGGGUUUGGAGUCUCGCCUGGAAUCCAGCCACCAGAAUUGGCGGUGCUCCGGCGGUUUUUGCUUCUUGCAGUGGCGAUAAAACCGUUCGAAUCUGGGAGCAGUCUCCUUCCUCUGGCUCUUUUGAUUGCAAGGCAGUUUUGGAAGAAACACACACUAGAACAGUUCGAUCUUGUGCCUGGUCACCAUCUGGGAAAUUAUUGGCUACUGCAAGCUUUGAUGCCACUACUGCUAUUUGGGAAAAUAUUGGGGGUGAUUUUGAAUGUGUUUCUACUUUGGAGGGUCAUGAAAAUGAAGUCAAAAGUGUAUCUUGGAAUGCCUCUGGGUCUCUGCUUGCAACAUGCAGUCGAGAUAAGACCGUGUGGAUUUGGGAAGUAAUGCCAGGAAAUGAAUUUGAGUGUGCUUCAGUAUUGCAAGGACAUACACAGGAUGUUAAAAUGGUUAAAUGGCAUCCAAACAUAGAUGUUUUGUUUUCUUGUAGCUAUGAUAACACUAUUAAGGUUUGGGCUGAGGAUGGUGAUGGUGAUUGGCACUGCGUCCAAACUUUGGGUGAAUCUAACAAUGGUCACACUUCCACAGUUUGGGCACUUUCUUUUAAUGCUGAAGGAGACAAAAUGGUUACCUGUAGCGAUGAUCUUACUCUAAAGAUAUGGGAAACAGAUAUUGGCAGGAUGGUUUCUGGUGAUGACCAUGCAUCUUGGAAUCAUGUUUGCACACUUUCAGGUUAUCAUGAUAGAACAAUCUUUUCAGCUCACUGGUCAAGGGAAGGUAUUAUAGCCAGUGGAGCAGCUGAUGAUGGUAUUCGAUUUUUUGUGGAGAGUAAAGACGAUUUGGUUAAUGGCCCUUCAUAUAGACUACUGUUGAAAAAAGAAAAGGCUCAUGAUAUGGAUAUAAAUUCAGUGCAAUGGGCCCCUGGGGAGAACCGGCUUCUUGCUUCAGCAAGUGAUGAUGGAACUAUAAAGAUAUGGGAGUUGGCAACAUUAACCUGAUACAGCUAUUUUUAGUAUUAGUCAUCUUUUUUUGCCUGUUCUUUUACCCCUUUCAUCGAGGUUUGAUAUGUAUGAUUGAUAAAGUUGUAGGAGCGCUCUUUAGUCAUGUGAUCUAUGGCCACAGCAUUAUAUGCUUCGUUCUUUUUCUUCUUCUCCUUUUUUUUUUUCUUUUCCAUAAAAUCAAGAAAUUUGAUACAUGUAUAAGCGAGUUGUCAAAAUGAUUGCCUAGUAGGGUUGUUGAUUGUUACAAAACAGGUUACAAUUUUGCUGAGAAGUUUUGGUCCUCCUGAAAUCAAUCCCUCUCUCCCAUGCCCCUUCUGAUAUUAGAACAAUACAACUCGAGCCACUUUUAUGUAUUUAUUUAUUUAUUUAAGAAUUUAAGGUACCAACAAGUACUUGCUGCUGAUUAUUAUUAGUAGUAGUAUCA